CCGAGCGCCGGAGCCGGGGCCCGGGCCGGGGGCGCGUGGCGGGGCGACAUGAGUCUGGUCGGGGGCUUCCCCCACCACCCGGUGGUGCACCAUGAGGGCUACCCGUUCGCCGCCGCUGCCGCCGCCGCCGCCGCCGCCGCCGCCAGCCGCUGCGGCCACGAGGAGAACCCCUACUUCCACGGCUGGCUCAUCGGCCACCCAGAGAUGUCGCCCCCCGACUACAGCAUGGCCCUGUCCUACAGCCCCGAGUACGCCAGCGGCGCCGCCGGCCUGGACCACUCCCAUUACGGGGGGGUGCCUCCGGGCGCCGGGCCCCCGGGCCUGGGGGGGCCGCGCCCCGUGAAGCGCCGGGGCACCGCCAACCGCAAGGAGCGGCGCAGGACUCAGAGCAUCAACAGCGCCUUCGCCGAGCUGCGCGAGUGCAUCCCCAACGUGCCCGCCGACACCAAGCUCUCCAAGAUCAAGACGCUGCGCCUGGCCACCAGCUACAUCGCCUACCUCAUGGACCUCCUGGCCAAGGACGACCAGAACGGCGAGGCGGAGGCCUUCAAGGCGGAGAUCAAGAAGACAGAUGUGAAAGAGGAGAAGCGGAAGAAGGAGCUGAAUGAAAUUUUGAAAAGCACAGUGAGCAGCACCGACAAGAAAACCAAAGGCCGGACGGGCUGGCCGCAGCAUGUCUGGGCCCUAGAGCUUAAGCAGUGAGGAGGAGGAGGAGAGAGCGCGGGGAAGCCGACGCAGACCCGGGACUACGGAGACACUCUCCCCGCUUGGCUCCAGGACUUCUUGCCUUUGGAAUCAUCCGGUUUAUUUAUGUGCAAUUUGCCUACCCUCUCUUUGCUCCCCUUCGAGGCAGCCGCUCCCCACCACCCCCUCCAAAAAAAAAAAACCAAAAAAAACCCAAAAAAAGUGGAUAUUUGAAGAAAAGCAUUCCAUAUUUUAAUAUGAAGAGGACACUCCCGCGUGUGGUAAGGGAUCCUUUCGUUUCGUAGAUUGUGUGCGUGAACGUUUACCUCUGGCUGUGUAGACACCAGCGUGCUCCCCUCUCCCUGCCUCCCCCCUCCCUAAUCAGAUCAAAGACAGCGGACAAUAGUGUGUAUGUGAAGUGUAUCUUUAAUACCUGACCUUUGGAUAUAAAUAUUCCUGGGGAUUAUAAAGUUUUAUUUCAGAAAAAAACGGGGCGCUAACCUAUCCGUUGGGGGUCAGUAUCUAGUGCUGUGUUUCAUCUGUGGUCAUUCCCUCUUCGAAAAUGUUUCCAACAGCUACUUGUU